AGGCGUUGGAGAGUUUCCGCCGGAAGAUGAGGAACCGCCUAGGUCGUGGCGGACGUCCGCAAGAGAAACCGUCAGCGACUGGUGUCCUCGAUGACGACGAGGAAGACGAGUACGCGGCAGCUCGUAUUGGUGAGGCGUCGGCGCCUUCUAUUCGAUGCGUUUUCCGACAUGAAUUCGGCGACUUCGUAAAAAGUGAUGCGAGGAUGUAUUUGCUGGACGAUUUUGAUGACAGUGAAGAUGGCGACGUCGUUGUCGGACGAGGUGGCCCACAACCAUCAUCCACUGCUGGCCCGAUCUCCACAACCUCAUCUGCAACUACAGGUGCUACAGCAACAGAGACGAAGAUCAACACAACUGCCGCGGCGGCUCGCAACGGCUCACGAGGAGGAAAGGAUAUGAAAACAGCAGUUCCGUCAUCUUCAACAACUGCGGUCGCGCGUAUGCGCCAGCGCAUCGACAACUCCCUACACGAUGACGGCAAAUAUGAGGCUCUAGUCCUCAACAUCAUAGACCAGAUCGGCCUCAACGUGACCGAAACGCUUGCAGAUGUGCUUCUCAGCAAUAUUCGCGAGUGGGUAACAGAUUUCAACAAGUCGGACUUGGAUAAGAGCUUCGUGAAUGAAGGCAUGGAGCUUUUAUUGCGGAGCUACGUCGUCAGACGUGCGCUUGUGAGUACUCAUUUCCAAAGGACGCUGCUAAGACGAAUAGCGUCGAGCAUGUCUCUCAACAUCUGUCCGAACAGUCUCCAGCAAGGUGCUGGGUUCAGCGGCUCUUUUACAAGUUGUCAAGCACCAUCAGGCUCAUCUGCGGCCGACCUGACUCUACUACCCGACGACCACACGGAUCCAACGUCCAAAAAGCAGGGCCAUGGUCCUCUCGCAGAAGUUGUUUCGCUGUUCCCCACAUGCUCACGUCUACAAUCAACUCUAGAGCCUGCCGACAUCACCAACACGCUGUCCAAGCUUCCUACACCUGCGGAAACGCCCUUCUGGUCUGCUCGGCAGUUGAAAACUGUCGAUCGCGUACCCAUCGCGCCUUACUCGUUAGAGAAUAUGAAAGGAAGCCGCGACUUGAAAGUGUUGGUGGAAACCAAGAUCAAAAAGUCCUCUAGUUGUACAACGCCGCUCGAUGUGAUGGGGCGAACAGGUGGCGCUGAUCCUACUACAGGUUCAACAUUUUUAGGCGGUCCCAGUGUUCCGCAUCUCGAAUCUACAACAGCCUCGGGCUAUCAGUCUGGAGGUGAACAAACGGAAACGCCUUCAGCAUCUUCAACAAGUAGACUGUUGCCUCCGCACUUGCGACAAACAGCGCGUCUGACAAAGGGCGGCAAGAAACUAGUGACUGUCGUCUCCGGUGAGGACGCACGUCUGCGAGACUUGACGAUAGCAGCAGCUUCAGCGACGCGAGCGCUGGACUCCGAAAGCGUCUCUGCACAUAUCGAUCUGUCUGUCGAUGGGUGGGAACUCAAAGGCCUAAAUUUAGCAAGAACUGGCGUCCAUUGCUACCAGAUGGAACGCGACCCAGAAUGGCGAGCACCAUUACGCGCAGAGGAUUUCUAUUUCGCCAGUGAAGAAGAACUUCUAGCUGCGCGUGAAGCCAUCGCGAGAGACCCCACCUGUCAAACUGCCGAAGACGUGAUCGCACAUCUAAAGCAGCGACACUUAGAUAAAGCGGGAAGUUUGUACUCACCAAGACAACCGCACACACCUUAUGAGCCGGUGAUGAUCCCAAGAGCAAAAUCGGGAGAGACGGACUUAGACGUCUUGGCACAAGGGUUUGCUGGAAACGCUGCCGAUUUCGAGCCUAACGAUACACCAUUGCAGGUUGUGUGUCGAGGAAUCCAGGAGGAAGUGCGAAAAUUAUGCGUGGUGCAAUCAACUGUUUUGAUCAAAAACAGCUUUGCGCGCACACCUUUGCUAGUGGAAAUCGAAAGUCCGGAUCCAGACCAUAGACCACAUUGGGAAUCGUAUGCGAGGUUUAUCGGUCUUCGCGCAGGAGGAGCCAGUGGCAGCGUUACCAUGAACAACAGCGACGGCCGAACUCCAUCGUCGUCUUCCCGUAGCAAGAUGAAUACCCAAACUUCCUUCGUCGGCUCACAGCGCCGAUGUGACUACGUCGUCUGCCAGCCUGAAGAGGAAGUUUCUGUUCCAUUAGACGCCUGUCGCAGUGGGGUCCUUCGCGUUGCGCCAUUAGUGGAGCAUGGCGGUUGCUUAGCCCGUUUGGAGGAAAUCGUGAUGCAGUGUGCGUCAGAGGAAGCUGAGCAUAUAGCAAUGGCAGAAGCAGAGGCGCAAGAAAUGAUGCGUCGCCAUCUUCAGGGCAGCUCUGAAAAUACCGGAACAAGUGAAGAUAGAACAAGAAACAUUUCCCAGGCAUUUCCUUCUCAAGCUCCAGCGGGGACUGUGCCGCGAAGCAGAACCGGUGAAGAGGGAGAUGAAAGAGCAAAUAGUGCAACGACAAGCGGCAUAUCAUCAUCCAGUGUUGGAGUCGCUUCUGCGUUGUUCACCCCGACUAGCGAAGAACUCGCCAGAGAGCUCCGCGAGUUCUCCACAGGUCGACGAAUUUUCUUAGACCGCGUUUGGUCUUUCGCCGAAGUCCAUGACCGCUUUGAAUUCCCGAAGGAAGAGGUAGCGACAUUUUUACACUAUACGACAGGAGGAGGACGCUAUGGGGGUAAUGCUAGUGACAACCAGAAUAACCGCGGUGGGAGGAGUGGAGAUGAUGCAACUCCUACUUAUCCAACUUCUGGCCCUCAGAAAAACGCAGCUUUUUCUCAAGGGUCAGUAACGCCUUCUCGACCCAGUGGCGAUGUGGAUCUACAACUAGCUGCUGACUCUUCAUCGCCGUCUUCUAGCUCCAGCACGACUUCAACGUCAGAAGAUGAAGCUAGCCCACAAGCACAAGGUGGCGCCAGCACUGGGAGAUCAGUUUCCCGAGUUUGA